AUUCCAUGUUUUGAGCCACAGGGAUGUUUGCAGAACUUUUGAUACUCUUCUUCCCAUCCCUCAUGCACCCAGUCUUUGCACUGAGCUAUGAGGAGGACUGAGACUGUAGGAGCAGCAGGGUUAUGAUCCGUGUGUAAAAGCAUAUUGCUGCAACUCCUUCACCGAGACAACAGUAGAGAUUAAAAAUCUAUAAAGUGCGAUAAAGUGACCGAGGACAGGCAGGAACAUCCUCAGAGUCCUCCCUGUGUUGCGUGAGUGUUGCAGGGGGGUUGCGUGGCGGUUCCUCCCUCAGAGAGGUGAGAGAGGGAGCUGUCCGGUGCUGAGGGGGGGGAGAUGAGCUCAGCGCGCGCCGGGGGGCAGGUAACGUCAGCAGUCGGCCGGAGCAAGGAAAGACUGUACAUACACACCCAAGUGUUUACCGCCGCUUAAUGCCUGAUACACACCGACUCACGUUAAUGAUGGGCAGCUAAGCAGCUCCGUGUGACUCAGCGCCGCUUUUUUUUUUUUUUUAUUCCGAUCCAUGAGUGCCUCGGCAGCAUCCCGCGCCCUCCGCUUGGCUUGAAAUGGGAUGAUAUGGGAUUUUUCAUGUCGACGAAGAUCGGAGGGAUUCUUGCGUUUGCCCUGGUAUUCCUCCCCCUGAUGGUGUCAGGAGACGCUGCAGAUGUGAGGUGUGAAAACAUUUAUAAGGACUUUUCUGACUGUGUCCUGGAGCUGGGAGAGAGCAUGGACAACUACCAGGAGAACGUGACCAGUGAGAGGGGAGUGGCAGCCGUGUGCAGCCACUGGGAAGCUUUCCACACAUGUGCCCUCACAGCGCUGUCCGACUGUCAGGAGGAAGUCAGCUCCAUCUGGGAGACUCUGAGGCAGGACUCCAGGAAGAUACGCUUCCAGGGAAGUCUGUUCGACCUGUGCAGCCCCAGCUCAUCUCCUAGCUUAAGUUCACCUUUUGCUGCCCUUACCCUGCCAGUGAUGGGCAUGCUGAUCAUGACUGGACCCGACUGGUCCUCUGUAUAGAUGGGGGUGAGGGUGAGGAGGCAGGAGGGGUGAGAAGGGGCCCCCUGGUUUAGUCCUCCUAUGUUCAAAUUUAAAGCCAAGGAUUUAAGAGAGACAAAUAUUUUAAUAAGUAUUAUUUUGACACAGAGCCACGGAGGUCUGUGGCAAGCCAAUCAAUAUUUGCUCUGAUGAAUAAUGUUUGAAAUCUCCUCAGAUACUUCAGCUUUAUCCCCCCUUAUGUCUAGAAACUGAUAGAGUAGUUAAAUUACAUUUCCACCAACUAACCAGUCCAGGCGCACUAAAACGCCACGUAGUUAAGGGAUUUCAGAUACAAUGUGAGUCUGAUCAGAACAGACACCUGUGGCUCUGGGUUACAAACAAGGAGUUGACACAAUACAGCUGUACCAUCUAAUGCAUUCUAAUAUGAGAGCCCUGCAAUGAAUAAUACAGAUAACACUGCAGUUAUUGCAGAUUCAACUCUGAGGCAGUUUCUAAAGCAGCACUAGCGGAGUUGUUGCUGGUUUUCAUUACAAGACAGUGGUGAGUUAAUGUUUCUGUGUCCACUCCCUGUACCGUGGUUUUACCAUGGAAAUUGUUCAACAUUUUGAGAGUUACCUGAGAGGAUCUAUAAGCCACUCUCUUGUCUGUACACUAAAUAUGAAGAUGUUGCCAGUAGCCAGUUAGUUUAGCACACACUCCUAUGGCUGCUCCCAGCCCAGAAAUACUCAGAGUCAGCAUCCUUUUUACACUUUUGUACAGAUUAAACAAAUUACAUAUAAAAUGUUCAUCUAAAGCGAGCUUUAGAGUUGCUGGUAGAUGGAUUAUGUUACCUUUAGACAGAGCCAAACUGGCUGUUUCCUUUUUUUUCCCCCUUGUCUUUUAGCCAAGCUAAGUUAAUUGGCUUGUGGCUGAAGCUUUAUAUUGAGUAUACAGGCAUGAGAGUGGUAUCGAUCAUCACAUCUACUUCUCUUUAUCUUAAAAAGUAAAAGAGUUCCUUUAAUGAAGAACUAUAGCGUAUGUUAGACACCAAAACAACAAGUUUAAUCUCCAGUGAGUUUGUAUAAAUACAGCCAAGCCAUCAUGAUGUAAUUAGCUUUCACGUUUCAAGAAAACAUUUAAAGGAGCACUUCACCAAAAACAAUUGCAAUAUUUUCGCUAAUCUGUCAUUACAAAACCUUUGAAACUGGACCAAACCAAACAUCCAUCUGAAAGACGUAAAUACACUAAAGCUAGCGACUGACCAACGUUCAGAUGUCCUGUAGGUGAAAUGCUCCUUUAAUCUGUUUCCAAGUCUAGUAAAUGUUUGUGUAAGUGACAAUCAAGCCACUUGUAUAAAACUUUUGAUGCCCCCUUCCCCAACCCACAACACUUCAACCCACUGUGGUUAAUGUUGCACGGCUGCUAUAAAGACACCAAAAACAGACAUCUGACACGGCAUCAUCACACGUUCACCUCUCCAGCUCCUCUCAUGCUCUCUCAGAGCCUCGCCCUUGCGUUGGUUCAGUCUUAAGCUCGAUCAAACUUCUGACCUGUUGAUGUUUGUGUGUAAUAAGAAAAUCUGAAGUGUGGAUGUUCAGUGUUGUUUCACCCGUUUCUGUUCCACCUUGUGCGAAAAUGCUCACUUUGCAAUCAAGACAAUAUUACAUAAAUGUGAUACAGUACACAGAUAGACCAGAUCAGAUAUUCAAAGAAGAAUCUGUAUAAUUAUGCAUCCAGAGAUAUAAGGAAAAUUUUUCCGAAUAAUCCUAUUUUAAUGCCUGUGUACUGCCACACAGUAUUUAUUUCACAUUAAACACCUAUAAUUAAUCUCUAAUAAAGCCUAAUAAUAUGCAGGAGCAAAACUAACUGCUGUUGUAAUACAAAAAAAAGGCUUUUUUGUAAAAUGUCCAUAAAAGUGCUUUUGUAUUAAUAUUAGUUCAAUUAAAGAUUGACCCAUUAAUGCAUAAUUAUAUUGUGAGACUAAAUAGACUCCAAACUCUGGUGCUCUAUUUAUCUGUUUUAAUCUUUUGAUACAUUUUUGAAAACAAAAUCCCCAAAUGUUAAGCAGCAAACAACGACUGCCAUGAAUCUUAUCAACAGCAAUGAGUUAAUGGGUGCUACAGUUUGUAUCAUUCCCACUCUUUCAACACAUUUAGCCAUAAAACCCCCAUGAGAUAUCGUUAAUUGUAAUGGCCUUUUAACCACUUACGUUAAAUUUCCUUUACAAAGAUGCUUUUACUAUUACUGCAACAGUCGCCUAGUUUCCGAACAAAUUAAAAAUGAAUGAGCAAUAGCAUCUAUUUGUUUGGUUUUGUUUGUUUUUGUUUUUCCAAAACUGUCCUCAUUUGCACAAUACUCACGGUCCCAACAGACACGAUCACAUUUUGGAUGAUUACUGCGGUCCUUGAAUAUUUUCCAUCUUCUCUUUUGUCACAAAUGCAUGAUCAUUUUAGUGACAGUGCUUCAGAAUAAUGAACCGUCUUUUGAUUUUACCUUGGACAAAAGUGUACAGUGGCGUCGACCUGUGCAUGAAGUUAGGCUAAUAGUUCCUCAGUGUAUCAGCAUCCUUUUUAUGCAGAUUCAUUACCCCACCCACCCCCACCUCCCUUACCUCCAUUAGCAUGUUUGUUCUAGUGGUUCCUAUUUAUUUCAUGUUACACGAUUGGUAGCAUUAUGUCAUCCAUUGAGUGUCUGGUGGUGAGAAUACAAAAAAACAGUUGUGAUGUCCUUCAAAGCAUGAGCAAUAUGUACGGUCACUUCUAAAGAGAGGACUCUUAUCCCUUCAUAUGCUGUUGAAGAAAGCAUGAAAAUGAUUGUGUUAUCAUAAGCAUUAGACCACGAGAAAAGAACCAUAAAGACAAUUUAAACAUGGAAAGAACUUCUGAAUGUAAAACAAGUUCAAUACCCAUGUGUUUUUUUUCCUGUUUACUGAUAGAAAAGCACACUAUUUACAAGACUGUAUAAAGCAAUAUAUGGCAAAGUAAUGUGUUUGUAAUAAUAAAGCACCAUGUUUAAAACAUA